CCCGAGCGGAAAAGAUUGCGCGCUGGACCCGGUUCCGGUUUGUGACGUGUAACGGGAAGGGUCGUUUCCUGUGCGAGUCAGAAAGCGAUAGAACGGCGAGAAAAAGAGAAAGGGGGGGCGAGAUAGUGCGGGGUGGCUAGGGGGCAGUAUUUGUCGGACAGCCUGGCCUGAGAAAGUGUUUGUAGAACUACAUGUACUGUAUAUAGAAAGCGCGAAGCCACAGACCGAGCCACCAUGAAGCUGUACAGUCUGAGUAUACUUUAUAAAGGAGACUGCAAGGUCCAUCUGCUGAAAAGUGCCUACGAUGUGUCCUCAUUCAGUUUCUUCCAGAGGUCCAGUAUCCUGGAGUUCAUGGCUUUCACCAGCCAGCUGAUAGUGGAGCGAUCAGAGAAAGGAAGUCGGUCAUCUGUAAAAGAACAAGAUUACCUCUGCCAUGUCUAUGUUCGAAACGACUCUCUGGCAGGUGUAGUGGUUGCUGACACAGAGUACCCUCAGAGAGUCUGCUUCACACUUCUGGAAAAGGUCCUUGAGGAGUUCUCCACGCAGGUUGACAGAAUAGACUGGCCCUCGGGUUCUCCUGCAACCAUCCAGUACAAUGCUCUGGAUUCUUAUCUCAGCAAGUAUCAGAAUCCUCGUGAUGCAGAUCCAAUGAGCAAAGUACAAGCUGAGCUGGACGAAACUAAAAUUAUACUGCAUAACACCAUGGAAUCGUUAUUACAACGUGGUGAAAAACUGGAUGACCUCGUCAGUAAAUCUGAGGUGCUCGGAACGCAGUCCAAAGCCUUCUACAAAACUGCCCGGAAGCAAAAUUCUUGCUGCGAGAUCAUGUGAUUUCAGGCCGGGGCAGGAGCAGUGAGGAGUGAUCUGAUUAAAAACAAUGAACAAACACUAAAGUCAGGGGUGAAGCUGAGGUUCCGAUACAUCUAAGCCUCCCCACACCCCUCAACAGGACAGGGGCGCAAUCAAAAGCCCAGUUGCCCCCGGUCAAUUUCUCCACAUCCGUGCAAUGACAGUGAGGCGUCUUUUUAACUGUUUCUGGUGUGUGUUAUGUUUGUAUUGCAGGACCUGCCGCUUCCCUUGGUUAACCCCAACCAUACAUUACUUUCUAUGGGGUUAAAAGGAAUCUUGUGUGGGUUUUUUGUUUUGUUUUUUUGGCUCAAUGAGAACAUUCCACUGUGUAAAUUAACAAGAGAGUAUCUUUGUGAACUGACAAUGAGGACGUCUCGAUAAUUUAAGGGAAGUACCAUCGAUAAAGAGCACAUUGUGCCAUGUGGUGACAUGAAGUAUCAAUGUACAAUUUUAAACCCAAAAUCUUCCCGGAAGUGGCUUGGGUAUUUAUGAAAAACAACCCUAAUGCUGCUUUCAGUAUAACCCCCACCGCCUGUGUUUAUUGCCAAUGCUUUAAAUAGUACUGGUUUGGUUUAAAUUAACCCCUUCUCUGACACAAGGGCAAUAUGUUACAGACUACCAGGGAUGUGAUAGAGUUUGAACCCACUGGUAAAUUGGAAAGGAGGAAAGGUUAUUUCCACAAAUGUUCUACUUCAGGAUAUUGAACACAGUCAAAAUAUAUUUGCCUUGUGAAGAAUGCCCCCCCUCCAGCAUAUCAUAUUCCUUUAUAGCAGCACUUGCUUCUUUGUCUCUGCAACAGCGUGCUGGCGGGGAAAGGGUUAAUUUUCGACUCCUGCCCUGUAUAGAUAAAUUAUUGUAUUAUUAUUCCGUGUUUUAUUCCUUUGUUCCCCUUCUACUUUCUCGUUCGGAUUUCUUUACGGCAAAAACAAAAAACUGUAUUUUAAUAAAGACUGUCCAAAACUCCUGUAACUAAACGGUUGUGUUUAAGAUAAAGUGCAAUUUGCAAAUGUCA